AUGGCCUUUCCAUUGCAGUCGAUCUUGAAGCGCUGCAUUGCGGCACUCUUCUCCUUCAGGAAUUUGCUCUGGGAAUACAUCACGACAGUACUCCGUCAUGCGGAGACGGAGAUUACCGAGCUCGACAGCACUUUGAUUCUGGAGUUGGAUGGCACUGAGGCUUACAACAUAGGGUUGGACGAGGCAUCUGUAAGAAUAAAGCAAGGUCUGAUCAACGAUGAAGAACGCUAA